AUGACGAUUCUGACACGAACAUCUGCCAUCAUUCUAUUCUCAAAUCGUCCUGAUCCAAAGACUAUGAAAUUCACUUUUCUUCUCCUCUGUGCCAUCUUCGGAUGUGCAAUUGCAAUGAGACAACAGUCUGUCGCCGUCUCCGGAAGAUUGGUUUGUGGAAAUAAACCAGCGUCUGGAGUCAAAGUCAAACUUUGGGAUGAAGACGAUGGACCAGAUCCAGAUGAUGUUCUCGAUGAGGGAUUCACUAACAAUGAUGGAACAUUCCGUCUCGAAGGAUCUGAGAGAGAGUUGACCAACAUUGAUCCAGUCUUCAAGGUUUAUCAUGAUUGCGACGAUGGAAUUCUUCCGGGACAAAGAAAAGUCAAGUUCCGUAUUCCAAACAGUUACAUCUCGGCUGGUGGACGUGCUCAGAAGACAUUCGAUAUCGGAGUUCUUAAUCUUGAAACUAUUUUCCCAAAAGAAGAACGCGAUCUUUUGUAA